AAAACAUAUGAUGCGAAGGAAGCUCAAUAGGUGAUGGGUUAUUGUUUACAAUGUGUUGUUGAAUUUUUGCUUAUAAUUUGUUAAUCAGUUUUACAUUAUUCAGACUAUCUUGUCCAGAUAAUAACCAGUAGGAAGUUAAUUAUCAUAAUGGUUGUAAAUUAAAUAGAAAUUUUAAAUACACCCUGCCAACAGCUAUUCUGAACUGAAAAGCUGCUUAAAUCCAUAAUAAGGAGUUUAUCUCAUCAUUACCAUCUCAUCAGUUUAACCAGUUGUUUAUCGUUGUUUAUUAGCUCUUACUCUUUAGUCAACAAAUUCCAUACUUCAACCAUGUCUAUGUACUCUUCAGCUGAAAUCUUUGAAUAUCAAAUGAUGCAAUUCUAAGAAACCACUUUAUCAUCAAGAACAACUUCUAACUUGUCUUGUUCAUCUCUGCAGUUGCUUUGGAGCUGUUAUUGUAAACUUAAAAGUAAACCAUGUCUUGGUAACCUUAUUUAUCUCACUUUCCAUUUUUUUUGAGUGAUUUCACUUUUGCAAAUCAACCCAUCCUUUUCAACGCUUUAUCCAAGCAUUCAGUGCAAAUAUCAAUAUACUUUGGUAAUUGUCUAAUAAUAACUAUCUCUAUUUUCCCCUUUUAUUUUUGUCACUCACUUUCGACUCAUUUUAGUUUACUAAAAGCUUGAGUGAUAUUCAUAGUUUGUUUCAUUUAAAAUCUGCCAUUUGUGAUAAACUGCCUAAAAACUGGCCUCCAAAGUAAUCAGAAACAUGACUAAAACAAUAAAAGUUACCCGUGAUCGUUGUUUAACCACCAAUGGUCGUCGCCAUAUCCCAUUGCCUACAGGACCAUAUCAGAAUGUUGGCUUUCGUGAUAUAAUGAUUGGAUUUUCUCGGAUAUCUGGUAUAAUGGUGAGACUUUACUAUCCAGCAGCUGAUACUGUACCCAUUAAAAGUCAACAUUUAAUGUGGCCAAAUUGGCUACCUCAUGAAAAUUAUCGGGAAGGAUUAAUGUCUGUCGGUGGUAUUAACUGGUCACCUUUCAAAAAAAUUUUAAGAUGGUACACUGGGGAUGUUUUCAUUCCAGCCCUACCCAAGGCGAAGCCAAUGAAAGAUCGAAAAAUGCCAUUAAUUGUGUUUUCACAUGGAGUAGGAGCUUGUCGGUCGAGCUAUUCAGCUUUAUGUCUCGAUCUGGCUUCUCAUGGAUUCAUAGUUGCGGCUGUUGAACAUCGAGAUGGAUCAGCUUGCUGUACUUUCUUUGCCAAGGAAACUCGGAUGCCAAUGUCAGGUUCAAACAUGAACAUAAAUUCAGUUGAUGGACCUCUCAAAUUUACUGACGACGAAGAAGAGGGUUAUGAUGAAAUCGAUGAUCCAAAUUACUUGCCUCCAAAAGCGCUGUCUAAUUCAGCUAUAAUUCCUCACAUAACAACGGACUGGAUUCCCUAUUUACCCAUCAAAGAAGGUCGAUAUAAUUUGAGAAAUAAACAAAUUCAUCGGAGAGUUAAAGAAUGCAUCAGAACACUAGAUCUAUUGGAAGCGCUUAAUGCUGGAUAUGAAGUACAAAAUCUUCUAGAUCCCAUGCUAGAUCCUACUGAGUUUGAAAAUCUCAUCGACAUAGAUUCUGCCGUAAUAAUGGGACACUCAUUUGGUGGUGCAACAACACUGAUGACACUUUCCACUGAGCUACGUUUCAAAGUAGGCGUUUGCUUAGAUGCCUGGAUGUACCCGAUUCACAAGGAAAACUUUGAAAUGGUCACUCAACCAGUUUUAUUUAUUAAUACUCAAUCUUUUCACACAAAGGCCAACCUUCGAGCCAUCAAACAGCUUCUCCAAGUUAACAGUUUUGAUCAUCCAGGCGAGUUUUCUAGUCUCCGUGGAAAUCAUCAUGACAAGAGCUCCAAAGGUUCAGACGAUGGGGAAACAAAUGAUAUCGAAGCCAAUAAAAUUGAGCGAAAAGUGGUCACAAUCAAGAACACAGUUCAUUACAACCAAACUGAUAUUCCAUUUGUUAUGCCUUGGGCUGUCCGGGCCAUGAUUGGUGCCAAUUCAUCUCGUAAUUUUUUUACCGCACAUGAUUUAACUUCAGCGCUUUCAUUAAGCUUUAUUCAUAAACAUCUUGACAUGGAACCGAUUACAAUCGAAAAGGAAGUUUUCUUAAGCAUUCACAAGAAAAAGCUGAAAGAAGGAAUCAAAGAUAAAAUAUAGAUAAUUUGAUUAGGAACAAAGUUUUUAAUCUUCACGUUUUUUACUCAACCAAUUGCCCGAAAUCUUACCUCGUUUAUGAUCGACUAUUGCUAACUUUAACUCUCACUCAAGUUCAAUGUUCACAAUUUACAAAGCUCUUCAAAUAAUCAUGUUUUUCUAGCAUUAGCAAUUUGAGAUGAACUUUCAACAAAAUCAUUUAUUCAAAGUAAAAUUCAUCAAUGAAUGCCAUUAAACAAAUCCUUUAAACUUCAUCGCCAUUCAGAACAUGAAGUCACAA